CCCUCGAGCAGCACCAUGUCCCUCUCUGUGCGCACCUCUGGGCUGCCUCAGUGGCUGUCCUCCCAGAGUGGGACGCUGGGCAGAGCCAUGGGCAUGUCUGCCUCGAGCAUUGGAAGCGGCUACGGGGGCAGCGCCUUUGGCUUCGGAGGCAACUCUGGGGGAGGAUUUUCUGCUGCUUCCAUGUUUGGUUCUAGUUCUGGCUUUGGUUCUAGUUCUGGCUUCGGUGGUGCCUGUGGAAGUUCCUUUGCAGGAGGACUGGGUGCUGGUUAUGGAGGAGCUGGGGGAGGGGGCUUUGGAGGCCUGGGGAUUGGAUUCGGAGGAAGCUCAGGAGGGGGCUCUCUAGGGAUUCUCCCUGGCAUCGAUGGAGGCCUUAUUUCUGGGUCAGAAAAGGAAACCAUGAAAAAUCUUAACGACAGAUUGGCUUCCUAUCUGGAUAAGGUUCGAGCUCUAGAGGAGGCUAACACUGAUCUAGAAACCAAAAUUCGAGAGUGGUAUGAAACACGAGGCUCUGGGACUGGAGACCCCGGGUCACAGAAUGAUUACAGUAAAUAUUAUCCAUUGAUUGAAGACCUCAGGAAUAAGAUCAUUUCUGCCAACAUCGCAAAUGCCCAGCUCAUCUUGCAGAUCGACAAUGCAAGACUGGCUGCCGAUGACUUCAGAAUGAAAUAUGAAAACGAGCUGGCCCUGUGUCAGAAUGUGGAGGCUGACAUCAACGGCCUGCGCAGGGUGCUGGAUGAGCUGACCCUGGCCAGAGCUGACCUGGAGACACAGAUUGAGACCCUGAAUGAAGAGCUGGCCUACCUAAAGAAGAACCACGAGGAGGAGCUCCAAAGCUGCCGGGCCGGCGGCCCAGGCCAGGUCAGCGUAGAAAUGGACGCUGCCCCCGGAGUGGACCUCACCAGGCUCCUCAACGACAUGCGGGCACAGUAUGAAACCAUCGCUGAGCAAAACCGGAAGGAUGCGGAGGCCUGGUUCAUUGAAAAGAGCGGGGAGCUCAGGAAGGAGAUCAGCAGCAACACGGAGCAGCUUCAGUCCAGCAAGAGCGAGGUCACCGACCUGCGCCGCGCGCUUCAAAACCUGGAGAUCGAGCUCCAGUCCCAGCUCGCCAUGAAGAAAUCCCUGGAGGACUCGCUGGCUGAAACCGAGGGCGACUACUGCGGCCAGCUGUCCCAGGUGCAGCAGCUCAUCGGCAGCCUGGAGGAGCAGCUGCUGCAAGUGCGCGCCGACGCCGAGCGCCAGAGCGCCGACUACCAGCGGCUGCUGAACGUCAAGGCCCGCCUGGAGCUGGAAAUCGAGACCUACCGCCGCCUGCUGGACGGCGAGGCCCAAGGUGACUCUCUGGUGGAAAGUUCAUAUGUGACAGCCUCCACAUCUCAAGCACCAUCAACUGAUUCCUCUAAAGACCCUAACAAAGCCCGGAAAAUCAAGACAAUUGUGCAGGAAGUGGUGAAUGGUGAGGUGGUCUCAUCCCAAGUUAAGGAAAUUGAAGAACUGAUGUAAAAUUUCACAAGAUCUGCCCCAUGAUUAGUUCCUUAGGAACAAGAAAUUUAUAAGUAGAAAUUAUU